AUGGACUCCCCAAUUGUGGCACGACUGUUUCGGCAGUUAUUCCAACACAAGAACUGUGAGGUUUUACGAUCUCAUUCUUCGUUAUCUCCCCGAGUAUGGAAUGGGCAUGGUUCGCAGUUGAGAUGUUUGUCAACCACCAGUAGGAGGGGCAGAGGAGUGAAGGAGACAAGCAAGAAUGAAAGCCAUUGGCAGCAGAGAACAGAUAUCUUUCCGAUAGAUAUGAUGGAGGAAUUCAAUAAGUAUCCCAUGGUUACAGCAGAUCAAUUAAGGGGGAGGAGAGAAAGGCCAAGGCGUGUGAAGAUGCUCACACGAGAUUUCAUUGAAGAUAGUUUAUACAAUCCUUCUUAUGGUUAUUUCUCCAAGCAAGUCGUCAUCUUUACUCCUGGCGAGCCUUUCGACUUCAACUCCCUCGAAGAUGAACCAGCCUUUCACCGUCUCCUGGGACAACGAUACACCGAGUUUGAAGACGAGUUGGACCUCAAGUCUCCUAAUGAGACUCGCCAAUUAUGGCAUACACCAACAGAGCUCUUCAGACCCUACUAUGGUGAAGCUAUAGCCCGAUAUUUGAUCAACAAUUACAAAAUAUCGCAGUACCCAUACCACGAUCUCAUAAUCUACGAAAUGGGUGCCGGAAAUGGUACUCUUAUGCUCAACAUACUCGACUAUAUUCGUGCCACAGAACCCGAGGUAUAUGCCAGCACAAAGUUCAAGAUCAUUGAGAUAUCCAGCAAUCUCGCAUCGCUACAAAAGUCGCACCUAUUACGGAAUGCCAAUUCUCGAGGACACUCGUCUAAAGUUGAGAUUAUCAACAAAUCAGUUUUCGAAUGGAACCAGAUAGUUCCCUCACCAUGCUUCUUCCUCGCCAUGGAGGUUUUUGACAACUUUGCCCACGACUCUAUUCGAUAUGACCCUGUUACCGAAGAACCUCUCCAAGGCACCGUCUUGAUAUCCAACACUGGCGACUUUUACGAAUUCUACACUCCCACCAUCGACCCUAUAGCAUCUAGAUUCCUUCGCGUACGACACGCUGCUACCAAUGGGAAAUAUCCACACCCCCUUCCGCAGAACAGACUAGUGAAAACUUUGAGGAACAAUAUGCCAUUCGCUCCGAAUCUCAGUCAGCCAGAGUAUAUACCCACGAGACUUAUGCAGUUCUUCGAUAUUCUGGCCAAGUAUUUCCCGGCGCAUAGAUUAGUAACAAGUGAUUUUCAUUCGCUGCCGGACACGAUCAAGGGAGUCAAUGCACCAGUUGUGCAGACAAGAUAUAAAAGAAGAACAGUUCCUGUUACGACGCCUUUUGUGCAUCAAGGAUACUUUGAUAUAUUGUUUCCUACUGACUUCGCUGUCAUGGAUAAUGUAUACAGAGCCAUCACGGGAAAGUUCACACAAGUGUUAUCACAUGAAGAAUUUUUGAACCGAUGGGCUUAUGUGGAACAGACGGAGACCAAGAACGGAGAGAAUCCUCUCUUGACGUGGUAUAAGAAUGCCAGUGUUCUUACCACUGUAUGAAAGUAAAAUGCCAAGUAAAUCUGGCCACUGUACACCCUUCCCUCAUUGGAUAAUAAACAACAGAAAGAGAUCAAGAAAAAGGUGUAUUCCCUGCAGCGUCGAAGAUAAUAAUGCUCCAGCAAUAGAAGCGCCAACCUUGCUACUCCAACAUCAACAUGCUUAAGCUCAUAUGUAUAAAUAUGUUCGCGAAAAGCAGCCCAAUACCUCCAGUUUUACAUCAUUCUGUCGCAUGUCACGAUUUACUUAUUUUCUCGUCUCAGCACACAUGUAGAAGUUCGCAAUUUCUUUCUUCAAAUCCCAAGCCCUUUGCAAAACUUUUGCUCGCUCAGAGGAAUUCAUCUCAAGCAUGAAUUUGAAAUUGUUCUUGUCUUCUUUUGAGUUGAGCAUGUUCCAUUCCUCCUUGAGCCUUGUUUGUGUAGCGUUGAGAGAUUUAAUGCUUUCGAUAAACACUUCUUCUUUUUCACUCAAAAUUACGCCCAUGUUUGAUCUGGCGAAUUUCCAAAGUUCUUUCAAAGUCUGGGAAGGGUCGGUUGAAACAUGCACGUUUGUAACUUGGGCGACGAAACCUCUCUCUGGUGAAAAAUUGGGGAUUGCAGAGGUAGAAUCAUCAAUCCUAAGAUCUUCUGCGAGCACAUGAGUGAUUCUGUCGACCAGAAGCUCCGAUUGAGAAGCGUUUUCGGUAGUCAUGGCGUUCUGUAGUAGUCGUUCGCCUUGUUGUAUCAGGUUGAAAAUUUCAUUGAUCCUUUCAGUAACAGUAUCGAAUUGAGACCUUUGUUGCUCGAUCCUAUCUUUGAUUGUGGGAAAGAGAUAUUCAAAAGUGUUGCUGGUAUGCUCGCAAUUUUGGUUGGGUUCAAUGUUGUUAAGCUCAGUUUCGUAC